AGGAGGACAAUUAGAUUAAAAAUACAUGUUUGACACAUACUAUGUUCUGUGCAUAAUGACUAUAUCUUUCAAGACAGCAUAGAAUAAUCCUCAGUUAUCUGACAAAAAUGACACCCAGCUCAGUAUAAACAUGUCCUAUAAUGAACAAUGUGUCUGCAUCAGUUGAGUUCUUCAGUGAUCUGCAAUGGCAGAUGAUGGGGAGCUGACAUAGCUGUAUCUUAAAUCAUGACAUGUUGACUAAUCUUUUCACAGGAAGGAACCAAAGAGACCCAAAAUCAGUGGACGAGAGAAACUUCACCACAGUGAAGGAGUUCAUGCUUUUAGGGUUCAAGACAGAUCUCUGGUUACAGAGAGCUCUCUUUGGCAUCUUCCUCAUCAUUUACAUCUUCAGUCUCUUAGGGAAUAUCACCCUGAUUUCUCUGAUCUGUGCUGAUUCUCAGCUUCAUACACCCAUGUAUUUAUUCAUUGGAAUUUCAUUCCUGGAUCUCUGGUAUGCUUCCGUCUAUGCCCCCAAAAUCCUGAUAACCUGCAUUUCUGAUGACAAAAGCAUCUCCUUUGCUGGCUGUGCAGCUCAGUUCUUCUUCUCAGCUGGUCUCACCUACAGUGAGUGUCAUCUGUUGGUCGCCAUGGCUUAUGACCACUUUGUGGCCAUCUCCAACCCCUCGCUUUAUUCCCAGGUGAUGUCCCCAUGGUUAUGUGCCAGUCUCAUUGUAGCUUCAUACUUUUGUGGCUUUCUGAACUCAGCCAUCAUCACCAGUGAAACAUUUGCCCUGAGCUUCAGUGGGGACAACCUCAUUGAUGAUUUUUUCUGUGAAUUGCCUCCACUUGUCAAGUUGGCUUGUGAUGUGGAAGAGAGUUACCAGGUGGUUCUCUAUUUUAUACUUGCCUCCAAUGUCAUCACUCCCUCUGUGUUUAUCCUGGCCUGCUAUCUCUUCAUCAUUGCUGCCAUCCUGAAGAUCCACCCCACCCAAGGCCACCUCAAGGCCUUCUCCACCUGUGGCUCUCACUUGACAGCUGUCACCUUGUACUAUGGUUCCAUUCUCUUCAUUCACUCCCGGCCAAGUACUAGCUAUGCCCUGGAAAGGGAUAAAGUGGUGUUGGUGUUCUACAUGGUGGUGAUUCCCAUGUUGAAUCCCUUGAUGCAGCUUAAGAAUAAAGAUGUUAAAGAUGCCCUGAGGAAAAUGAUAGAUAGAGCCGAGUUUCUCAAACAAAGGCUUUGGUAA